AUGAAAAAAUCGAGGUCACAAGUAAGAAGAUCAACUUGUAGCAUUUCGCAUGUUCUGCAUAAAAUAGAUACUUUAGAGUCAAAAACAAAGCGAGUUUUAUAUGCCUUGGGCUAUAGAAGCAGCGAAAUUUCUAAGACUUUCAGACAAAUGAUAACGGUGUGUAAUUCUGUAUCAAUUGUAUUUCUUCAAUUUGAUUUAUUGCAUGAAGCUCUUUACGUUCUUCAAAAAGCUGUGCAAACUGAUACAUGCAUGUUUUUUGAAGGAGAAUUUGAGGAUAGGACAUGGCAGAGCCGGCCAUUAAUAUAUUGCAACUUGGGAUAUUUACUUUUAAUUCUCCCUUUAAAUUUAUUCUAAACUUAUUUUAUAUAAAAAUUUUGAUGUAUUUUUAAUUAAAUUAAAUUGUUUUAUAUUUAAAAAGAUUAAGAGUUAAAGACUACACAGGAAGUUUGAAAUUUUUAUAUGACGCAGAAAGCCUACUAAUAGAAAUAAAACAAAUGUCAAACGUCGGGCAAGAAGCUAACUUAGGUGAUAUGGCUUUAUCACACGCUGCUAUUACAUUCCUUGUUCUUUGUAGCAUCCAAAGAUAUGAGCAAGCAGAAAAAUAUUUAGAGUCUGCUACCGAGCAGCUAAAUUUAAUCAUUAGAGGUGAUCGACAAAGUAGGAUAAAUCGAUCAGGCUGCUCAAACUUAUAUUGCCUAUUUACAUUAGCUAUUGAAAUUAUCCAGCUUGUUAAUGGUGGAGAUCUCGCUGCUGCUUUAUCAAGAUGCAAAAGUACAUUAAAACAAAUAAAAGAAGAAAAAUCAGCAUCAACAGCUUUAUUAGAAAAAUUUGUAAAAUCUGGAAGCUAUGAUGAAGGGAUCAAUAUUUUAUUAUCAGACGAAUAUAGAAGCAUAAUGUUUAUCACAACAUUUUUCCCUUUUAUCGCCCCAAGAACUCCUGUAAUUAAUUUUUCAGAACUUUCACGAGCACAAGAAAAAGCCAGGGCAAAUCCACUUACAAAAAGAGAAAUGGCAACUAUAAUAAGCGCUACAGCUCGCCACGAAGGACAAGACAAUUAUGCAUUAAUUAUGAAAGAUGCUUUAGCUAAUGCUAAAAAAACAAUAUAA